CAGAUUCAAGGUGAAUGGAGGACUCAAGUAUCCACAGUUGUGUUAAAUGUUGUUUUGAACCAGUACGGUGUUUGUAAACGAAUAAUUAAAAUAGCAUAUCGUAUCGUAAGAUUCGUAUUGAAAACGUGUACGCAGUCUUUCGUUGUCCUGGCUAGCAAUGCAAAUGAACAUUGAUUAACAGCGUGUCAGUUUGAACUGACUUCUAUAUUAGUAGCUGGACACUGCAAGAACACAGAGGCAUACCAGGAUGGCCAGUAUGCUGUGCAGCAAAGCCAGGCUGGUCAGUUACCUCCCUGGUCUUCACGUGUUGGUGCGUCGUGUGACUGGAGCUAGAACCUUCUCUGCAGCUGGAUCCUCUGGUUCUGAUGAGCCCCAUGUAGCCAUCACUCCCUCUGAUAUGGGUCUGCGGACGGUGUGGCCUGACGACAGCAUGGGGCCAUUUGGGCCGCAGGACCAGCGCUUCCAGCUACCUGGUAACAUGGGGUUUGACUGCCAUCUGGAGGGUGUAGAAGAGCAGAAGAAGAGCUUGCCACUAAAGACGCUUCCUGAUGUGCUGUCUGCCCCAUCCAGUAGUGAGAGACAUGAGUUCAUGCUGGCCCAGUUCAUCACAGAGUUCUUUGAGAAAGAUGACCCGGCCUUCUCUCAGAAUGUCAACAGAGCUGAACACUACUUUGAUACCUCCAGUGUGGAGUGUGCCAUACAGUCCUGCCCUGAACUAUUAAAGAAAGAAUUCCAGUCCAUGUUUCCUGAGGCUCCAUCCUCUGGUAUGAUGGUGGUCACAGUGACCCAAAAGACCCAGAACAAUAUGACAGGAUGGAGUGCGGAGGUGGAAGAGGAGAGAGAGCAGAUGCUGGACAAGUUUGUUGAUGGAGCUAAGGAGAUCUGCUACACCCUGCAGAGAGAAGGAUUCUGGGCUGACUUCAUUGACCCCUCCUCAGGCCUGGCAUUCUUUGGCUCGUACACCAACAACACGCUGUUUGAGACAGAUGAAAGGUACCGUCACCUGGGCUUUCAGAUUGAGGACCUGGGCUGCUGCAGAGUGAUCCGACACUCUCUGUGGGGAACACAUAUCUUUGUAGGGACAAUUUUCACCAACGCACCACCCAGCAGCCUUAUCAUGAAGAAACUACAAGGCAGCUGAGCACAGGCUCAGGAACCCUGGACUGGUUACCAUUAAAGCUGUAUAAAAAUGAUAUGGACUGAUUUAUAUUUACAGAUUCACAUCCCACAGAGUGACAUGUCAACACAAUAAAGAGCUUCUUGAUUACA